AUGCCAUUCAGAUUCAGCCAUCUUUGUCAGCUUUUAGAGUCCCUCGAGGAGAUCGAGCGGCACGAUCCACCCCUGCUUCGAGAUGCACGACGAGACAGAGUACAGAAGACCGUUGUGGCAUGGUUUAGGGUCCAUCGAAGGUCCAUCGACGCGCCAGACACCGACCGGGUUGCUUUGCUAUCAUCGCUGUUCCCGGAGCGACGAACUGACCGAGUAUAUCUGCUACAGGCACCGCGCUUGUUGCAAGCAAUUGCCCGCGGCCUCGAGCUACGGUCUGAGAAGCUUGCGACGCUCAACAGAUUCAAGAGUCCUGGAAAUGGCGACCUUGGGGAUUGUCUGGCGCGCGUGCUUAAAGUGCACGAUGCAGAGCCACGGCUGGGAUACGUCAGUGUUGAGGAGGUUGAUGCAGUACUACAGGACAUCGCCUCCAAGGUCAGAUUCUCCAGCCCGGCGGUUCGCACGAGGAAGUCGCUGUCAAACGACUCCCCCGGCCAUCUCCUCGCGGCCAUCGUCCGAAGGCUCAAGUCUUUCGAGGCCAAGUGGCUCGUCCGCAUGAUACUGAAGGACUACGCGCCAGUCGUUUUGGAUCAGCAGCAUGUUCUACGAUGCUUCCACUUUUUACUCCCCGCUCUGCUCAAGUUUCAAGACACAUUCGAAGCGGCAAUGCACUUAAUUCAGGGACCUCUAGGGGAGUUUCCAUCCAGCCCGGAUCCCAGGUCUCAAGUCGUAUUUCGCAAGCAGGCUGCUGAACUUCUUCGACCGCAGAUUGGAGUCAAAGUCGGACGGCCGUCCUUCCAUAAGGCGCGUUCCCUGAAAGACUGCCUUCGCACAGUGGGCAGCAGAAAGUGGGCUAUCGAGCGCAAGUACGACGGAGAAUACUGUGAGAUCCACAUCGAUCUUUCAAAAGGCCCCGACUGCAUCCAAAUUCUCAGCAAGUCCGGGAAAGAUUCGACCCAAGACCGUCAGGGCGUGCAUGGGUGGAUUCGAGAGGCCCUUCGCUUAGGGACAUCUGAAUGCAGGUUCAAGCGCACCUGUAUAUUGCUUGGUGAGCUGGUUGUGUACUGUGACAAGGAGCGCCAAAUCCAAGCAUUCCAUAAGAUACGAAAACAUGUUUCCCGGUCAGGAUCUUUCUUGGGCAACGAUGCCGACUCUCAAGCCCAUGAGCACGAACAUCUCAUGAUAGUUUAUUUUGACGUGCUCAUGGUCGACGAGGAGAUAACCAUGAGGCUGCCUCACAGACAACGGAGAGAUCGUCUGAGGGAUCUCAUCGUCAAGAAACGGGGCAGUGCUGUGACUGCUGAAUGGAAAGAGAUAGACUUUGCUCAGGUGACGGCUGAACGUACCCUCGUCGAGCAAUUUGCGUGCGCCCUUUACGACCGCUGCGAGGGUCUGAUACUCAAGCCAUCAGAUGCGCCAUAUUUCCCUCUGGACAACGCCGGCGACUGGCGAGGCUUCGUCAAGCUCAAAGCGGACUACAUGAUCGACAUGGGCAGUGAUCGCGACGUUGCUGAUUUCGCUGUGGUGGGUGGAAGUUACGAUGCUCAGCAGGCGUUGAAAUCCGGCCUCCAGAAUAUCUCCUGGACGACAUUCCACAUUGGGUGUCUCAUCAACAAAGAAGCAGUCCUCCGCUUCCAAGCAAGGCCUUCCUUCCGAGUGGUCGAGGUAAUCCAUCAAGAGCAUUGUAUACCGAAGCCGGAUCUCGAGGCCUUAAACCGUCUUGGGAAGUUCCGGCAGGAGACUGACAGUCUGCAUCGAAAGUUCGACCUGUGCCCAGUACGCUACCCCAUACCGCCCAUGGACGUUGUGUUCCGGAAGCCGUUCGUAAUAGAGGUGCUUGGUUCCGGUUACGUUAAGCCUCCAAAUCAAGACUUCUUUAUGCUGCGGCACCCAAGAGUGAUCAAGCUGCAUCUCGAUCGUGAUUUUACCGAAACAACUUGUAUAGACGAGCUGAGCAGCUUGGCCGAGAAAGCGCGCAACAUACCAGAGGGCUCUGAGUCGCAAGAAACGGGUCGGUUGGUCAAGAAAAUCAUGGCAAACCGGAGGGAGAGAGACGAGCGCUCGAGUAUGCGUACAACACCACAGUCAACGGCUUCAACGAGCCCAUCGCUGAGGCGGCGGACGCCGGUCUCGCACCGCGCAGAGUCUACUCAGCUGCCGAAAGUAUGGAUCGAUACUACCAAGACUCUCAGUUCUCACGAGUGCGUUGUGGAGGUGAGUAGGGGCGCGGUGUCCCCUCUACAAGUAUCAGCGACGCAGGGCGAACGCGCAUUUCAUCCGCCGCCGCUUUCGUCAUCGACUCGUGAGAACAGCAUCGAGCACAGGAACACCAAAGAGAGCCAACCUACGACAAGACCACAGAAGCGAACGAUUGAUGUAGCAGCGGACCAGUGUCUCGCUCUGUCGGCUCGAAAGAAAGUGCAGAAGACAGCAUCUAACGCGGAUCUUCCGCCCCUGUCCCCGCGCACAAUCCUUAGGAACAGCGCAUCACGGCUUACAGGGAUUUGGGCAUUGGGGAAUGGGUGA